AUGGGUGAAAGAAGUGGGUUUGGAGUCCCCAAAAACCCUGCGCGGCCCGCCGGGUCGCUUCCGCCCGAGCCCAUAGACAUCAUACGGAUCAAAGCCAGGUCCAGAAGAGUCCGCAUCAACGUAGGGGGCCUGACACACGAGGUCCUGUGGCGGACCUUGGACAGGCUCCCACGCACCCGUCUGGGCAAACUCAGAGACUGCAACACCCACGAGACCUUACUGGAGAUCUGCGACGACUACUGCCUCAACGAGAACGAAUACUUCUUCGACAGGCACCCUGGUGCCUUCUCCUCCAUCUUGAACUUUUACAGGACAGGGAAGCUCCACAUGAUGGAGGAGAUGUGUGCCCUGUCCUUCGGCCAGGAGCUCGACUACUGGGGCAUCGACGAGAUCUACCUGGAGUCGUGCUGCCAGGCCCGCUACCACCAGAAGAAGGAGCAGAUGAACGAGGAGCUGCGGAGAGAGGCCGAGAGCCUGCGGCAGAAGGAGGGCGAGGAGGUGGACGACGGCUGCUGCCCAGACCAUAGACAGAAGCUAUGGGACUUGCUGGAGAAACCCAGCUCCUCCUUGGCUGCUAAGUUCGUGGCCUUUCUAUCCAUCCUCUUCAUCAUCCUGUCAACCAUUGCACUCUCCCUGAAUACCCUGCCAGAGUUACAAGUGAUUGACGAGUUUGGACAGUCCAAUGACAACCCCUACCUUGCCCAGGUGGAGGCGGUGUGCAUCGCCUGGUUCACCAUGGAGUACCUGCUGCGCUUCCUCUCCUCCCCGAACAAAUGGAAGUUCUUCAAGGGCCCUCUGAACGUCAUCGACCUGCUGGCCAUCCUGCCGUACUUCGUCACCAUCUUCCUGACCGAGUCCAACAAGAGCGUGCUGCAGUUCCAGAACGUCCGCCGGGUGGUCCAGAUCUUCCGCAUCAUGAGGAUCUUGAGGAUCCUCAAGCUGGCCAGGCACUCCACUGGGCUCCAGUCCCUGGGCUUCACGCUGCGGCGCAGCUACAACGAGCUGGGCCUGCUCAUCCUGUUCUUAGCCAUGGGCAUCAUGAUCUUCUCCAGUCUGGUGUUCUUCGCCGAGAAAGACGAGGACGCCACCAAGUUCACCAGCAUCCCGGCGUCCUUCUGGUGGGCGACCAUCACCAUGACCACGGUCGGCUACGGCGACAUCUAUCCGCAAACCCUGCUGGGUAAAAUAGUGGGCGGGCUGUGCUGCAUCGCCGGGGUGCUGGUGAUCGCUUUGCCCAUCCCCAUCAUCGUCAACAACUUCUCCGAGUUCUACAAGGAGCAGAAGAGGCAGGAGAAGGCCAUCAAGCGCCGGGAGGCCCUGGAGAGGGCCAAGAGGAACGGCAGCAUCGUGUCCAUGAACCUGAAGGACACGUUUGCGCGCAGCAUGGAGCUCAUCGACGUCAUCGUGGAGCAGAAGGAGGAGUCGAAGCCCGUCGACAACCACCUCUCGCCGAGCCGCUGGGGCUACCAGAAGCGCCCGGCCUCGGACAGCUCCGACACCAAGUACGUGGAGGUCGCCCAGCUGGGGUCUCCGCAACGGAGCCCGCAGCGGCUGAACGCCCGCAAGCUGGAGCAGAUGUACAACCAGAUGACGGGUCCGGGCGCCGGUCCAGGCCCUCAGCUCCGCGAGCCGUCGGCGGGGCUAGCGGGCAAAGAGGAGUCCAUGGAGAUGAAGGUGGUCCAGGGGCAGCCCGCCACGAAGGACAGGCCCGUCACCGACAUCAAGAGCAUCUCCAGCGUGGACAGCUUCACCAGCUGCACCACCGACAUGAGCGAGGCGGAGAAGGGCGCGCUGCAGGCCCAGCUGAGGCACCCGCGCGGCCCGCCGCCGCCCCUCGACCUGACCAAGAUCUCCGCCGUGGAGAAGCGGGCGGCCGAGAAGGCCCGGCAGCAGCAGCAGCAGCCGCCCAUCAUCAAGGAGGGCCUGUACGAGUUCGUGCCGUGCAACCCGGAGGACUCGGCCGCGCCCACCCCGGGCCCGCGGGACGACGGCGGCGAGAGCGCGCGCAGCGCCAUGCGCCCGGCCAGCCAGGUGAAGACCAAGGGGCUGAAGGUGAACUUCACCGAGUCGCCCGAGGAGGGCUCCUCCAACGUGCACCUGGUGGUGACCGAGGAGGAGGUGCCGCCGUCGCCGCCGCUGCUGAGCGGCAGCUCCCCGCGCCACAGCCCGCACUCCCCGGGACGGAGCUUCGGGGGCGACGGCGCCGAGAGCUCGCCAGGCCUGGGCCCGUCCACCGAGGGCUACAAGGGGAAGAACCACGUCGACAAGACGGCGUCUCCGGCCUCCCCCAAGCCCACCUCACCGAACUGUGCUCCCGGUGUGGGCGGGGGGGCCGGAGGGAUGGAGAGCCUGGCUGACGCCAAUCAGAGCGGACAGAAGGCGGAGAACCAUCUUCUAUCUGGGGAGGGUCCGAUGACACCCCCCUGUGAAACGAGUAUGUAA